AUGGCUCGUCAAAACAUUAGCGGCGGCUCUGCCUUUGAGGAGCAGAUUGGCUACUGCCGCGCCGUCGUCCUCGACGACGGUUGGAUCGCCGUCUCCGGCACCACCGGAUACAACUACGCUACUGGCGAAAUCUCAUCCGAUGUCGCGGAGCAGGCCGAGCAGACGCUGCGCAACAUUGACAAGGCCCUCGAGGAAGCCGGCUCAUGCAUGGCCGACGUCGUCCGCGUGCACUACAUCCUGCCCGACCGCGCCGACUUUCCCACGACGUGGCCAGUGCUGAAGAGGUGGUUCGGCGAGGUCCGUCCGGCGGCGACGAUGAUCCAGGCGGUGCUCAUGAAGGAGGAGAUGAAGAUUGAGAUUGAAGUGACGGCCAAGAAGGGAAGCAGCAAGAGGUAG